AUGCUAUUAGAAGUCCUCCUCAGGAUCCCGCCGUCAGGGCAGGCUUCCUUAAUAUUAGGAAGCUUGUUCUUCCUGUGGCACCUUUGGACCUUCACGGCCAAGCAUUCUAUAUGGCCGUCGCAGCCGAAGGAACUCCCGUAUCACAUGCCGCACACAGGCCAUCUCUACUCGUUCUUCUUCGGCUCUGUGCAGCUUAUGGAACGUGGCUUGAGGCACACAGACCAGACCCGCGAGCCUUUCUCGAUCCAGCUCCCGGGAAGGAAGCUGUACAUCAUCACCCGGCCCGAGGACGUGACACAGGUCUUCAACAACAAGACCAGCACCCUUGACCAUGACUCAACCCUGCGAGAGACUCUCCUCGCCUUUGGCGUCACCGACGAGGGGAGCAGGCUUGCCUGGCGUACCCCGGAGCCGGGCGAGCGGGAUUCCCUCUCCCUCCUCGGUCCUAACCAACCCCUCGGCGAUGCAGCAGCCAGGGUUCCGCCAAAGUCCCUGAUCAAUUGGAUCCGUGACAGCUUCAGAAGACACCUGAUGACGCCACAGAGCCUGUACGAGAUGGCCGAUCUGUUCAGGGACUCGCUGCUGGACAGCAUCCGCAUGGACCGAAUCGCCCAUUACACGACCAGGCCCGACGGCGCCGUCUCGCUGUACCCUUUUCUCCGCCAGGCCAUGGUCGAGGCCUCGGUGCGGUCCAUCUUUGGCUCGCACCUUCACGAGGUCGACCCUGACUGUGUGGCGCAUAUGCUUGCAUUCAAUGACCAUGCGUGGCAGAUUGUCAUGCGGUAUCCGAGGUUCUUUGGCCACUCAUCAGUGAGCAAGCCGUAUGACAGGAUGAUGGAGACAAUGCGGACAUUUGUCCAGCGGCCUUUGGCCGAGAAUGAGGGUGCGAACCCUCUGAUCAGGAAUGUGCUGAUUGGUAUGGAGGCUGCGAAUUUGGACACGCAGUCACGGGCUGCCAUCGUCUUGAUGAUCUUCUGGGCUGCCACGUCAAAUGAGUACAACGCCCUCUUCUGGCUCAUCUCACAUUUGAUGCAUGAUCCAGCCCUGCUGCAAGAAGUGAAGCGCGAGACAGACGCAGCCUGGAAGGACGGAAACCUGAACACCAAGCACUUCAAGAGGGACUGCCCCGUCCUCGAUGCAAUUUUUCAUGAGAUCUUCCGCCACAAGAAUGCAGCAGGCACGAUGCGCCUUGUCAGCGAGACGACUGUGAUCGGAGGCAAGGAGCUACAGCCGGGAAACCUGGCCUAUAUACCGUUCCGCCAGCUGCACCACAACGAGGCUGUCUGGGGGCCGACCUACCAGGACUUUGACCACACGAGAUUUAUCGACAACAAGAGCCUCGUCCGCCAUCCGUCUUUCAGGCCAUUUGGCGGUGGCCAGACGCACUGCACAGGCAGGACACUGGCCAAGCUGGAGGUGUUCAGCGCUGCUGCGAUCUUGUUGCGCCGGUUUGACAUGAGGUUGGCGGGUGCAACAGCUGCAGGGAAUAGCGAGAAGCCCUCUUUUCCUGUUCUGGAUAAUGAGACUCUGUCGUUGGGCCUGAAUGGCCCUCUCAGGGGGUCGGAUCUUUUUGUGAAGAUGAUUGAGAAGGUUGAGGGGGAGCUGUGA